AUGGUUGUCUCACCGACCGUUACUUCGCCGCAGAUCAUGCAAUCUGCGAUGACGCGCGUCCCUCAACUGGUAUUUGAUAAUUUGGAGGCUAUGGGCCUUGCACCCAAAGCAAACCAAAAAAUUGCAGAUUGCAUCGACGCCAAUACUCAAGGCGGCAACCUCUUACGUGGUCGAACUGUCAUCGAUACAGCCUGGAUACUUCGAGGCCAUUCUCUUUCCCCAGCUGAAGCCGACGACCUGGGGAAGCUCGGAUCCCUUGUCGAAUUAUUGAAUGCCGCAUACCUGAUUUGGGAUGAUAUCAUGGAUGGAUCCUCAACUAGACGUGGAAAGCCGUGCUGGUACCGUCGAGAGUCGAUUGGGAUGGAUGCCGUGAACGACGGUUGUCUGCUAAGGUCUAGCAUUUACGUGAUCAUUAAGAACGGCUUUCGUGAUCAUCCUUCAUAUCUAGAGCUGACGGAGCUUUUCGCGGAAGCAUGCCUUCAAACUGAACUUGGGCAGCACUGUGAUGCUUUGGCCUCCACGGGUAGCCUGGAGGAGUUCAUCUGGAAACAAUAUGGGUUCAUCACUGCGAAGAAAACGGCUUACUACACGAUGUAUCUUCCGCUUACAAUCCCGUUGUUCUAUCUUGGACUUGCAACCCCCGAGAGACUCGCGGAAAUUUAUGAUAUUUCGAUGAAAAUGGGAUACGUCUUUCAGGCCAGAGAUGACUUUCUGGACGUCUAUGGUGACCCUAACGUCACUGGAAAGAUUGGCACGGAUAUUCAAGACCACAAAUGCGCCUGGCCAGCGAUUGAAGCCAUGGCUCGUUGUGAUGACAACCAGAGAAUGGUCCUCAUUGAGAACUAUGGCAAGAAAGACCCCGUCAAUGUUUUGAAGGUGAAGGCUAUCUUCGACGAGAUCAACUUGCCUCAGCUUUUCGGAGAUUGGGACGCAAAAAUGGUUGCGGAACUAGGUCCAAUGACCGAGAAGAUAACGGAUGCAGUGGUCAGGGAAUCGGUCAUGGCAUUCAUGUCCAAAUAUUUCAAGGACACGCUGAGACAUUUGCCUUCAACUUCAGGCAAACUGGAGUGGUGCUAG